AUUUACUGGUCACACUAAUUUUGAUAAUCGAUAGACGCACGCCUGUUGCUUUCCCCCCUGUGUCAAAUUUUAUAAAAUAUUUUCAGGGUUAAUUUGUUUUAAAAAGAAGUAGGAUUAAAAGAAACGUGCUGGCCGAUAAGACUGUAAAUAAUGGAGUCCAAAUAUAUGGCCACAAAUGGGGGCGGCAGCGCUACCUCGGUUAAAUUCUCCAUAAAGCGCAAGCAUGAGGCUAUGGCAAUCAGUCCUAUUAUGGAUAAGAAGAUGCACCUGACGACGACUUUGCCACAACAGAAUAGGCAGACGACUGCUCCUGUUCUGCUGACCAGCAAGCGAGUCACCAUCGAGCAGCACCAAAAGUCGCUGCCCGUCUUCAAUUGCCGCCAGAGAAUUCUCAAAGAGUUGGAGCUCAACGACACGGUGUUGAUCAUGAGUGAGACGGGCUCGGGCAAGACCACACAGAUUCCACAGUUUCUGUUGCAUGCGGGCUACGCCAAGAGCGGCAUGAUUGGGAUCACGCAGCCACGACGAGUGGCGGCUAUUACCGUAGCUAGGCGCGUUGCCCAGGAGCUGGCUGGCGGCAUAGGCGACACUGUGGGCUACACAGUUCGUUUUGAGGAUGUCACCUCGAAGCGUACCAAAAUCCGUUUCCUCACAGACGGCGUCCUGUUGCGGGAAUCGAUAAAGGAUCGACUACUGCUCAAAUACUCUGUUAUAAUUUUGGAUGAGGCUCACGAACGCACCGUGAACGCCGACUUGUUGUUUGGCAUUGUGAAGGAAGCCCAAAAAGAGAGGCGGAGACAGAAAUUGGGCAGCCUAAAGGUCGUAGUCACAUCCGCCACCAUGGAUAUCGAUCAUUUCGGAAAGUAUUUCAAUUGCCGCGGAAUGUAUCUGGAGGGCAGAACGUAUCCCGUUCGUGUGAUGCAUGCGAAGGAGAAGCAGGACGAUUAUGUCCACUCUGUGCUGGUAACGCUCUUUCACAUCCACCGCACCACGCCAAGAAACCAUGACGUUUUAAUCUUCCUAACAGGGCAAGAGGAAAUUGAAGCACUAGCCCAUCAAAUACGUCAACUUGCCAAGAUCGACCUCAAUGGAACUUCGGAUCUCCGCGUUUACACAUUGUACGCCCAAUUGUCGCAGGCCAAGCAAUUGGAGUGCUUUGCACCGACUCCGGCCAACGUCCGGAAGGUGAUAUUGGCUACAAAUAUAGCUGAAACCUCAAUUACCAUACCGGGCAUCCGGUGUGUCAUUGAUUGCGGCUUUGUGAAGGAGAAAUCGUUCAACUCCGCCGACGGUCUGGAUGUCCUUAAGUCGGUACGCAUAUCCCAAGCUCAAGCCUGGCAAAGAACCGGUCGGGCAGGUCGUGAUUCGGCCGGAACUUGCUAUCGAGCGUAUACAAAAGAGGAAAUGGAAUCGUUUCCAGAGGCCACCCAGCCAGAAAUACUACGUACAAACCCUACGGCCAUGGUGCUUCAACUUCUAGCCCUGGAUAUAGACUGCAAUAAUUUUGAUUUUCUGGACGCUCCGUCGGAAGAGGGCCUGAGAAGCGCGUACAAAAGCCUGGACGCUCUGGGGGCCAUCAAGAUUGGUUCUGUGUCGUAUAUAACGCCAUUGGGCCGUCAAAUGGUGCAGUAUCCUUUGGAUCCGAAAUACUCCAAGCUUUUGCUAACGGCACCAACGUUCGGCUGCAUGGAAGAAGUCCUGAGUCUAGUCUCCGUCCUCUCCAGCGAUCAUGUCUUUAUCUCGAACAGCGAUAAGAACGAAAUGGCGGCCCUGGCUCAUGCCAAGUUUCAGUCUAAACACGGAGACCACCUAACGCUCCUCAAUGUAUUUAAUGCAUUUUUAAAAACUGAAAAACCAAAGGUGUGGUGUCACGACAACUAUUUAAAUCUACGUAGCUUAACUUACGCUCGAAAUGUGCGCCGUCAAUUGACGGAAAUAAGCACGGGAUUGGAUUUGGCUUUAAACAGCUCUGAUGAUAUCGAAAUGUUGAAAAAAUGUAUUUUAAAUGGGUUUUUUGAAAAUAUUGCUGUCCUACAAAGGGAUGGAUUUUAUUUAACCGUUUCCGGCAACAUCCGAGCCAAAAUUCACCCAUCGAGUGUCCUUCACGGCAAGUACAAGCCGAACUAUAUAAUUUUUACGGAAAUUGUGCAGACAGAACAAACAUUUCUGCGUCAGGUCUCGGAAAUAUCCAUUGAAUGGAUUCAGGAGAUUGUGCCGUUCGUUAAAAAUAUACCCAAAAGAUGAAAAAUAAAGUACAAACG